GGCUGAGCUCCGCUGACCUCUCCAGCCGCAUCUCCACUGAUGGUCUCUGCUGGGUCCUGAGUCUGCUCGCUGAAGAAGGUGAACAGACGAGCGGAGUCUCUUCCCUUGGGUAUUCCUUUAGAAAUGAGUUGCACAAUUGAGAAGGCACUUGCUGAUGCUAAAGCUCUUGUUGAAAGAUUGAGAGAUCAUGAUGAUGCAGCAGAAUCUCUGAUUGAGCAAACCACAGCUCUUAACAAGCGGGUAGAAGCAAUGAAGCAGUAUCAGGAAGAAAUUCAAGAACUUAAUGAAGUUGCAAGGCAUCGGCCACGGUCCACAUUAGUUAUGGGAAUCCAGCAAGAAAACAGACAAAUCAGAGAAUUGCAACAAGAGAACAAAGAAUUGCGUACAUCUCUGGAAGAACAUCAGUCUGCCUUGGAACUUAUAAUGAGCAAGUAUCGAGAGCAAAUGUUUAGACUGCUAAUGGCUAGCAAAAAAGAUGAUCCAGGUAUAAUAACGAAGUUAAAAGAGCAGCACUCCAAGAUUGACAUGGUACAUCGUAACAGCUCCGAAGGAUUCUUCCUUGAUGCAUCUCGACACAUCUUUGAAGCAUCUCAACAUGGACUGGAGAGGAGGCACUUGGAAGCAAAUCAGAAUGAAUUACAAGCACAUGUUGAUCAGAUAACAGAAAUGGCAGCAGUAAUGAGGAAAGCCAUUGAAAUUGAUGAGCAACAGGGCUGCAAGGAACAGGAACGAAUAUUUCAACUUGAACAAGAAAACAAAGGCUUAAGAGAGAUCCUGCAAAUAACUCGAGAAUCAUUUCUGAACCUUAGGAAAGAUGAUGUGUCUGAAAGUUCAUCUUUGUCAGCAUUAGUGACCAAUAGUGACCUGAGUCUGAGGAAGAGCUGAAGAGCCUGUAAGUCUGUGAGCUUCCUGCAAGGCUCCAAAUGGUCACUGGGACUGGCCUACUGACAUGAAUGAAUUAACAGAAAAAUCCAUCUCAAGCAACCCUUUAUUUUUUUUCUAUAGUAUGUACAGUGCACUGGCAAUGACAUUCUUACGCUGGCAAAAAUGCAGAAUUAAUGGUUGUAGAUUUUAUUCCAAAAUAUAAUUAAAAAAUAGAAACUUUGUUAAUUGGGGAACAAACUAAAGAUUUUUUGAGUGACUGCUGAACCUAAUAGCAGUACUGUUGCUAUUCUGGCUGAUACUUGGAUAAACAUGAAUAUUCCCAAUAAAUGUUUGGGAAUUCAUAACAUUAUCCAAAUUUUAAAAUACACAUCUUGGCACAGUUUUGUGAAUGGAAGACUGUCAUAUUAAAUGUUAUUUCUCCUCCCUGUUUGGUGUCAGAGUUAACAAAUAGCUUAUGUACUGUGAGAUUUCAGCUUUAAUGGUUGCCUGUCUACCUUCCCAUUACUGUAAAUUUUGGUCAAAGAAAAUUCAGUUUGCAAGACUGUAGGAAUGUUUCAAAUGCACCAUAAACAAAAGUUAAUUUAAUUUUAGCUGAUUUGCCAUAAUUAAAAUACUCCACUAACAAUUAUCCAUAGGUUUAAGUAUAUGAAAUAUCAUUUCAGGAAUGAAAGAGAAAGAAUAUUACUUUCUAAGAAAGAUCUUAUAAGAGACAUAUUAGUAGGUUAAACUACUCCUUUGAGAGAUUCAAGUUUUGGUUCUAAAUAAUGAAGAUGAGAUUUUUCUCUUCUCUGGUUGAUCUUUAAGGAUAUUAGGUAGUUCUUUUAGCUAACAGAGUUGCAGUGUUUGAUAUAGCAAGCUAGGUAUGGUAAUGUCAAAGUAAAUUGGGGAUUCCUCUGCCUCAUUGAACCCUUUUUUAAAAGUAUUCUUAAGAAAUACAGAAAGUAAAUUAAAAUUUCAAAAUAAAAUUUGUUUUCUGGUCCUCAUAACCUGUAAGAUUUUUCUUAUACUCUAUCAGUCAAAGGGUGGGGGUGGGGGUGAGAGGAAAUCUGUAGAUUCAUAAGUAUUUGUUUUUUGUGUGUUUUUUUUUUUUUUUUUUUUUUUUUACAAAAUCUAUAUCCAGUAUGUAAAUUUUUAAAAGCCACUAGAAAAAGAAAUGUACUUUAACAUCAAUUGAAAUCUAAAUUUUUCUUAUUUUAUGAUUAUAGAAGGAUAAAAAUAUCAAAUAUGAUUAAAUAUACUAAUUUAUAUUAAAAUUAGCACAAUAGAAAAUUCUACUUUUGGGUAUGUAAUUUGUUAAAGAAAUAUUCACAUGGUAGCUUUUGUGUAUAAUUUCAUAUAUUGGUAAAAUUCAAAGCUACUUUUCACUUUGGAAUUUUUGUAUAUUAAGUUUGGAGUAAGUGGGGCUGAUGUGGCUGAUUGAAAAGGGCUAAUGGCCCAAACACUGAAUAGAUUCCUUUUUUCAGAGGCCUUAAUUGAUAUUUUAUAAAUGACAGUUUUUAUUUUUAACCUUUUCUAUUGGUUUGGGGUAAAGAAUAUAUUAAUUUGGUGGCACAUUCAUUCAUACAGUUUUUAUCCCAAGUCAGAAUUAAAAAAAAUACACAGUUGAGAUGAAGUCUGAGGCAAUUCAUUGAGGCAGCUCUAUUAUAAAAUGUUUCUUGAUAACUAUUUUUUUAUAAACAAGUUAAUUUAUUCUUGGUCUUCUUACUUGGAUAUCAUUUUAAGAUCUUGGCGUUCAAAGACAUUUACUUUGUUACAUAGCAACAGUUUUCCAUCCAUAUAUUUUUUGUUUUUAAGCAGAACCUUAAAUUUAUGUCUGAGAGUGUAUACUGCAUAGGAGCCUAUUUUAUCAAUAAAGAUGAGUGGUUGAAAUUGA